AUGCGCGGACGGACACAAAGCAGCAGCAGCAGCGACUCCAGCCGCUCAAGCGCGUCAACAACGGCAGCAGGAAAGACAGAACAGAGACAUUUCAUCUUCGACAGAGACUGGUAUCCCGAUGUUCCUCUGGUGAUUCAAGCGAACCAGCUGAUCAUCGGACGGUUAUCGGAAGGGCACACGAUGGGAGAGCUCGUGGCAGAGGCGGCGCAGAACGAGGCGGGUUGCAGUCCGGGGACGAUGGCGGCGUACUUCCACCACGCCAUCACCCUGGAGCUGGCUUGUCUCAUGAGCAACGACACGAUCCAGAUGGCCAUCGUGAAGGGUCUUCGUGUAUGA